AAGAUGGGAUCAUAUAAACUUGACCUGUUAGCUCUUCUUUGCAGCCUCAUUGGCUUAACCUUCUUCUUCCAGGUCUAUCAAGCCCAAAAUUCUCCACAGGAUUUCCUAGCAGCCCACAAUGCCGCCCGUGCAGAUGUAGGUGUUGGACCAAUGACAUGGGACGACAUAUUAGCUUCGUAUGCUGGAAACUACGCUCAGGAGAGAGCCAGAGAUUGUAAUCUCGUGCACUCCACCGCACUACCCGCCUCUGGUGAGAACAUUGCUUGGAGUUCCGGUAACAUGUCGGCCGCAGAAGCUGUGGAGUUGUGGGUCUCUGAGAAAGAAUACUAUGAUUACAAUAACAAUUCUUGUAUCGAAGGCCAACUGUGCCGGCACUACAUCCAGGUGGUUUGGAGCAAAUCCCUUCGCCUUGGUUGUGGUAGAGCUCAGUGCAACAAUGGAGGGACCUUCUUCAUAUGUAAUUAUUAUCCUCAUGGAAACUAUAUUGGGGAACGUCCUUAUAUGAGAGAACCCUCCGCUUGUUUCCAUAUAAAUCUUUACAUGUAA